AUGCCAGUAACCUUUUCGCCCACAUCCCUGCCCGCCGAAUCCUUCCCUCUAACCGUCACAUCUACACCGCUCUCCCCAUCAUCCCUCCUCGCCUCCACCUGCCCCCAACAAUCCCGCCUCUGCGCCUCCCUCCUCCAAUCCUCCCUCCCAGCCGGAUCGCACAACACCAUUCCAAAACGAAACGGUCUCGUGCACACCAUAGUCGAAGCAUACAAUAGACACAGACACCUCCGCCUCCGCCCGGACGACAUAUGGACUGCCAUCCUCAUCCAAUUCAAUUUCUUCGUCAACGGGCGGAGUGAGCAGCUCCGGUCUCAGUUCGUUGCGCACAAGGGGAAGAAGGAGCUUGUUGUACAUGCACAGGGGAAUCGGUAUACCGUCAAUUUCGGCGCCAUGGCGAAGGAUAUGACGCGGGAGUUGGAGAAGAACAUUUUAGAUCCCUCUUUGCGUGCGUGGAUUCUCCCGAAAUUCAGCACGACGACUACAACGGAUACAAUCAUCGCUUCUGUGAUUAUGAUGUCGAGUAUGAAGAAGUACUUUGAUUACAGGUUUUGUCUUGACUGCGGGAUUCCCAGCGUUACGCUUGAAGGCGAACAGGAGGAUUGGGAAGAAAUCUUGCGGAGGAUUGAGAAAUUGAAGGAAUAUGGGGUGGAGGCGACAGGGUGGUGUCACUUGCUACGCCCUAUAAUGGCGCAGUUCGUGGCGGCGUUUGAUAACCCGGCAAGUGAGGAGAAUAAGGAGUUCUGGGGGAAGGUGUGUCAUCGUGAGGGGGGAGGGAGCGGCCCGACCUAUCUUGGUGGAUGGGUGACAGCGUUCUGCGCAUUUGAUGAGGACGGAAAGUGGCUUGGACACAAGUUUAAAGACGGGGUGGUAGAGGCAGAAUCAUUGCAAGGACCAGACCCUACCGCCCUGUCCGCAUCUGAUUUUUUUGCCACCUACACUCAAGACUCAAAGACUUGGAGUCAAAGCGAAGCAUUCCUAAUCUUAUCCGGCACGCGAUAUCAUCUUGUUGACACGAACGACAUUCCAGCAGGAUGCACGGAUGUCGAUGUACUCGUUGACGACAACGGGGAAGAAAUACCGUGCAUGAUGACUGCGGGUUUAUUUGGAACUGAGAUCUCUGGUGAUGUAGAAGGGAAGAGGGACACAGUGAGACCGGUUUCGGGGUGGUGGAUGUUUGAGAAAGCAAUUGAAGGCGAGGGGAAGACAGAUUGA